AUGACUUCCAACCGCCAGUCAACCCCACCAAACCAGGGAGAACCCCCAACAGGCCCCCGCCAAUCUUCCCGGCUUCGAACUCCUCUGGCCCGCCCUGGAUUUGUCCCAACUCACACUGAUUCACGAAGGACCCUUGUAGUCGAUUCAGUGCCAACCACUGGAAGCGAACCCAUUGUCAGUCAUCCUAAAAACCCGCGCAAGGACAAAAAUCGGCCUGAAUCUCAGGCUGCAGGAGCCACAUCAUUGACAUCAGGCACUGCUGGACCCGAUGAAUUCAACAUUAUCCAAGAUUCCGAUGACAAGAACGAAAAGGCGAACAAGCGCGGAAAGAACAUCAAAGGUGGAUUUGAUCACCCAAAGAAAUUUCUCUUUGAAGGUUCCACUGCCGAAGGACAGAAGCAAUUUCAAGACCCAUCAUCGACAACAAAACCCGACUUUUUCCCUAUGCUUGAUACUAUUGAAGAACUCGACGAAGAUGCUGCUGAAGACGAGCAAUCAGUUGAAGGCACCAAUGAGAUACAGGAGGUCGACGAAUGUGAUGAUUGCGGCAAAGUGGAUCCUGAUGAUGCGUCAAUUGGCUCCGAUUGCGAUCUUUCCGAUGUCGAUCAAGGCCAAGCUCGCAUGGAAGGAUCUAUUGUGGAUGGUUUUGGUCAUACAUUGGUCAAAGUGUGUUAA